UUUCCGUACUAAGACGGGUUUUGGGGGUGGUAGACGCCAAAGGCAAAGGGGUCAAGAGGAGGAUAAACCACGUGUGUCUGUUAAGUCCAGGUCUGUCCUUCCUGGGAAGUUGUUUUUGUAAGAUCGUACCCUCUUCAUGUAGCUAGCAAGCCGGUGCAAGAAGGCGACUCCGUAAAAUCACGUUACCGCACAGAGCGACUUACCUGGGUCUGAAGCACUGUAGCUCCAUAGCUAACCUCCGACUGAGAGAAUCAUGGUCAGUAAGACGGAAGACAUCCCGGCGACUGUGCCCAACACUAAAAAGAUGAAUUUGCCAGACGAAGGAGAGAGUCCGGACAGCAGAGAAAGCGAGAAAGAAUCUCCUAAGGAUCCCUGUGGGCAUAGUGCAGACAAGGCUAUGACGAAUGGAGAAGUUGCCCACAAUCCUUCUGAGCAGUCCAAACAGGAUGGCGGUGGGGACAUGGAGCCAGGAGAGGACCCCAAUGAACAGGAAGUCAUUGUGAUUCAAGACACGGGAUUCACUGUCAAGAUCCAGGCUCCUGGGACGGAACCCUUUGACCUCCAGGUUUCACCUCAGGAGAUGGUGCAGGAGAUCCAUCAGGUGUUGAUGGACCGUGAGGAUACCUGCCACCGCACCUGCUUCUCCCUGCAGCUGGAUGGCAAUGUGCUGGACAACUUUGCCGAGCUGAAGUCCAUCGAGGGCCUCCAGGAAGGCUCUGUGCUGAAAGUGGUGGAAGAACCAUACACUGUGCGCGAGGCCCGAAUCCACGUGCGGCAUAUCCGGGACCUGCUGAAGAGCCUCGACCCCUCAGAUGCCUACAACGGGGUGGACUGCAACUCCCUCUCCUUCCUGAGUGUCUUCACUGAUGGGGACCUGGGGGAAAGUGAGAAACGCAAGAAGAAAGGCAGCGAGUUGGAGCAGAUUGACUGCACCCCCCCAGAGCACAUCCUGCCUGGCAGCAAAGACAGGCCAUUGGUGCCCCUGCAGCCACAGAACAAGGACUGGAAGCCCCUGCAGUGCCUGAAGGUCCUGACAAUGAGCGGCUGGAACCCCCCACCAGGCAACAGGAAGAUGCAUGGUGACCUCAUGUACCUGUACGUGGUGACGGUGGAGGAGAAGCACGCCAGCAUCACCGCCUCCACUCGGGGAUUCUACCUCAACCAGUCCUCCACCUACACCUUCAACCCCAAGCCUGCCAACCCGAGCUUUCUGAGCCACUCACUGGUGGAGCUCCUUAGCCAGAUCAGCCCCACCUUCAAGAGAAACUUCACCGCCCUGCAGAAGAAAAGGGUCCAGAAACACCCCUUUGAGAGAAUAGCCACCCCCUUCCAGGUGUACAGCUGGACCGCGCCACAGGUGGACCACGCCAUGGACUGCGUGAGGGCGGAGGACGCCUAUACCUCCCGCCUGGGCUACGAGGAACACAUACCUGGACAGACGCGUGACUGGAACGAGGAGCUGCAGACGACCCGGGAGCUUCCCCGUAAGAACCUGCCUGAGCGACUCCUCAGGGAACGGGCCAUCUUCAAGGUACACAGUGACUUUGCUGCAGCAGCCACGCGCGGAGCGAUGGCAGUGAUCGACGGCAACGUAAUGGCCAUCAAUCCCAGUGAAGAGACACGCAUGCAAAUGUUCAUCUGGAACAACAUAUUCUUCAGCCUGGGCUUUGAUGUGAGGGACCACUACCGGGAGUUGGGCGGCGACAGCGCCGCACACGCCGCACCCACCAACGACCUGAACGGCGUGCGGGCCUACAGUGCCGUGGAUGUGGAGGGCCUGUACACGCUCGGCACUGUGGUGGUGGAUUACCGCGGCUACCGGGUCACCGCCCAGUCCAUCAUCCCCGGCAUCCUGGAGCGUGAGCAGGACCAGAGUGUGAUCUACGGCUCUGUCGACUUCGGCAAGACCGUCGUCUCCCACCCCAAGUACCUGGAGCUUCUGGAAAAGACCAGCCGGCCUCUGAAGGUGCAGCAGCACGCCGUGCUCAACGAGAAGGGUGCGGCCGCCGAGCUCUGCUCCUCUGUCGAAUGUAAAGGCAUCAUCGGCAAUGACGGGCGGCACUACAUCCUGGACCUGCUACGCACCUUCCCUCCUGACCUCAACUUCCUGCCCGUGGAGGGCGAGGAGCUGCCCGUCGAGAGCAGGCGGCUGGGAUUUCCCCGGCACCACCGGCACCGGCUGGCCUGCCUGCGGCAGGAACUCAUCGAGGCCUUUGUGGAACACAGGUACCUCCUCUUCAUGAAGAUGGCCGCGCUGCAGCUCAUGCAGCAGAAGGCCAGUAAAGAGGGCGGGACACAGGCAGCAGUGCCGGAGGCCCCCCAGGCAGAGACGUCUCUGGGGGAAACCGGUGCUGUCGGGACACCCCUGCCAGACUCGUCCCAGGUCGCUGCCGUCAACGGAUCUGCCGGGCCGGCAGUGGAGAAUGGGGAGUGCCAGAGUCCCCUGGAGGAUCCUAAGAGCCGUGAAGUGGUGCUCAAUGCCUGCAAAGCCGUGGGCUCCGUCAGCAGCACCUCGUUCGACAUCCGCUUCAACCCGGACAUAUUCUCCCCGGGGGUCCGUUUCCCUGACGACAGUGCGGAAGACAUACAGAAGCAGAAGCAGCUGUUGAAGGAUGCCUCUGCCUUCCUGGUGUCCUGUCAGAUCGAAUCCCUGGUAAAGGACUGCUUGGACCACACUGCCCUGCCCAUGGACGGCGCCACGCUCGCAGAGGCCCUGCACCAGCGGGGCAUUAAUGUCCGCUACCUUGGCUCUGUGCUGGAGGUGGUGGGCAAGGCCUCCACCAAGGGCCAGCUGGACCACAUCUAUAGGAUUGGAAUUACAGAACUGAUCACCAGGUGUGCAAAGCACGUCUUUAAAACAUACCUGCAGGGUGUGGAGCUGUCUGCUCUCUCUGCGGCCGUCAGCCACUACCUUAACUGCUUCCUGAGCUCCUUCCCCGAGGCUGUGGCUCACCUUCCGGCGGACGAGCUGGUGUCGCGCCGAAAGAAUCGCAGACGCCGAAACCGGGUCCCGGGUGGCGGAGACAACACGGCGUGGGCGAGCCUGACGCCUGGCGAGCUGUGGAAGAACAUCGUGUCAGAGGCCAAGACCUACUACCACUUUGGCCUGCAGUGCGAGAGUGUGGACCAGGCUGUGGAGGAGUACAAGCUGCAGAAGAUAACCCUACUGAGGGAGAUCUCCAUCAAAACGGGCAUUCAGGUCCUGAUGAAGGAGUACAACUUCGAUAGUCGCCACAAGCCAGCCUUUAUGGAGGAGGACAUCCUGAACAUCUUCCCCGUCGUCAAGCAUGUCAACCCCAAAGCUUCUGACGCCUUCCACUUCUUCCAGAGUGGUCAGGCUAAGGUGCAGCAAGGGUUCCUGAAGGAGGGCUGUGAGCUGAUCAACGAAGCGUUGAACCUCUUCAACAACGUCUAUGGAGCCAUGCAUGUGGAGAUAUGUGCCUGCCUGCGUCUCCUGGCACGCCUCAACUACAUCAUGGGCGACCACCCUGAGGCUCUCAGUAACCAGCAGAAAGCUGUCUUGAUGAGUGAACGUGUGCUGGGCAUUGAGCAUCCUAACAGCAUACAGGAAUACAUGCACCUGGCCCUGUACUGCUUUGCCAACGGGCAGCUGUCCACAGCCCUGAGACUGCUGUACCGUGCCCGCUACCUUAUGCUGCUGGCGUGUGGGGAAGACCACCCAGAGAUGGCGCUGUUGGACAGCAACAUCGGCCUGGUCUUGCAUGGUGUCAUGGAAUACGAUCUGUCCCUCCGGUUUUUGGAAAACGCCCUUCUCAUAAACACCAAGUACCAUGGGCCCCGCUCCCUGAAGGUGGCCCUCAGCCAUCACCUGGUGGCACGUGUCUAUGAGAGCAAGGCGGAGUUCCGCUCCGCGCUGCAGCACGAGAAAGAGGGCUACACCAUUUACAAGAACCAGGUUGGUGAGGCCCAUGAGAAGACGAAGGAGAGCUCGGAGUACCUGAAGACCCUGACGCAGCAGGCGGUGGCACUCCAGAGGACUAUGAAUGAAAUCUACAAGAACGGCUCCAAUGCCAGCAUCAUGCCCCUCAAAUUCACAGCCCCAACCAUGGCCAGUGUCCUGGAGCAGCUCAAUGUCAUCAACGGCAUCAUUUUCAUUCCUCUCAGCCAGAAGGACCUGGAGAAUCUGAAGGCUGAAGUGCAGCGUCGGCAGCGGCUGCAGGAGUCGGGCAGCAGCGAGCAGCCAGACGGGCCCCUGGAGACCCUGGAGAUGCGAGACAAACUGGCAGUCGAUUAACACAGUGCCCCAUUUUGUCGGAGGCCUUUUUCCAUCCAAUGGAACUUGUGGACCUGAGAAUCAACCUGUCAAGAAGGGGUGGGGUGGGAUGUGGUGGGGGGGGGGGCAUACAGGCACUUAUUAAGCUUCAUAUUCUGCGUAGAACUGAUUUGGUUUAAUUUGUAGGACCUGAGGGGUAUUUUGGGGGAUGAAAAGUGUACAAUUGGUUGGUGGGGGGGGGGGGUAACUGAUGAAAGUACUUUAGGAGCCAAAUAAAUGGUGUGUGGGAAGCCUGGGGGGGGGGGGGGGGUGGCAGCAAUGAUGAGAAACGGAGCCUUAGCUCAUAUUCAGUGUCCCAACCCCACCCUGAGCCCCCCACCCCUGCGGUCAGCAGGGUGCCCACGUGUUCUGCCUCUGCACGCAAACAAACACACGUGUACACAAGGUUUCCAAAACUCAGGUGAUUUCUACUGUGCACUAGAUGAGGUGGAAUGGCUUCAGCACACGGCGGUGGCCUUCAGCAGGCCAUGUGACAGCCUUUCAGGCUGUGCGGCAUACGGCACAGGUGGCUGGCCCUGACGCACUGUGACACGCCACAGACCCCGGCUGCUCGGUGUCUUGAGGUAGGGUUAGGCACACGUAGACAAAUUUGUGAAUCCGUCAUCAAACCAGUAUCUGUAUACCUGCAUCAUUAGAAAAUGGGAUAUUUCUUUUUAAAAACAAAUUGGAGGGAAGCCAUUCAUGACAGUUAUUUAUCCAUGAAUUUGAAAAAUGUCUUUUAUAUAUAAAUACCUAUAUAUGUACAUGGGAUAUGUAUACGUCUGUAUGUGUGUGUUAAGAACAAAAAAAAUGCAGAAGGAAAAGGCUUACAUGUCCACUGUAGAUUUAAAUAUACAUAUAUAUAUAUAUUAGCUGCUUUCAAUCUUCCUUGUUUGUAUGUUGAAGUGAGGAUACUCAGAGCUGUCAGGAGGAAGGUUUGCUGCUUAAUUAAAUGAUUUUGUAAGGCAAACGUAAGUCUUCCCCGUAUUUCGCGAUUCUUCAGGUUCCCAUUGCAAGCUUUCGCAAUGUGUGCCCGCCGACUUAACACUGAUUUGUAAAAUGGGUUUGUAACCUAAAUGUUUUGCCUUAUGUAGCAAAAAACCUUGUAUGUUUGGAAAUGGUCACCCACGUUGCGUAUGUAUGUUCACUGCUCACACAGCAGCAGUUAGUCACUGGUGAAUCCCUCUCGAUUUUAAAAAGCACUACUUUGCCGAAAAUCACAUGCGCCCUCUUUCAAUUAAAUGUACCAAAAAGCGUGAAUGGAGUGUUUGACACUUAGCGCCAACAUGCAUUUUGUUCUUGUACAAGUGUGUGCCUGUGGUGGUGAAUCUGUGUGCGCGCGCGCGUGCACGUUUCCAAUCACGCCGUGCAAAUGUCGGGUGCGACACAAGUAACCGGAAUAGAUGAGGUCGCGGGUUUUUUUUUUUAUUAUUUUUUUAUAUGAACCUAAUUUUGAUAAUAUCCAGACUUAAAUGGUGAAAAGGUAAUACAGCUACCAACGACAAUAGUCCUUGUAAAAUAACGUCUGUUCUUUGAAGGAGGAGACCAAGAUUACGAAUGAAGAAACUUUGUGCCUGUUUGUGCUUUUUUUUUUUUUUUUUUUUUUUUUUUAAAUGGACGUAUUUACGUUUUCACUUUAAGGCUGAAAGUAAAACGCCGUUUAAUUUUACGCAGUUUCUUUUCGCACCUGUAUUUGCUUACCGUAUGUCUUUAUCUUUCUGCCUCUUACGAGCAGGUCUCCUGCAGUACCAUUAACGGCCGCUAGACCGCGUUGUAGCCGUUUCUAAGGUGAACGUGAAUGCAUAGCUACCUAAACGUGUUGGCGCACGUCGGUGUCAUCGUGUCGCCUGCUGAAAGGUGUAUUCGGACCGGUGAGGAUUAGAUGGAAUGGCUCAGCUAGGCGUUAAACUGUAGUGACACCUGAAGUUAAAAAAAAAAAAAAAAAACUUAGUCUGUUAAAAGAAAUGUUUUUGAUUAAUUGUUUAACUAAACCCUUGAGCUCAAAAAGUCCAUGAUAGAAUUGCUUGGCUUGAGGGGUCUGAAUAAAGAUGCUUAUACUGUAGAAUAUACAGAUGUAAGCCUGACUUUCCCGUGAUUUCCCUUCAUUAUAAUUCAGUUUUGAGUGUAUAGCAAUAUAUUUAAUUAUACGGUUUGACAAAUGACUGCAUGAAAACCAAUUUGCUGUCAAAGUUGUUUAGAUGUGUUUAGUAUUGUAAUGCUUUGUUUGGUGCUAGGGUGUAAACUGCGCAAUAACAAAAUCAUAGUGUAUUUUGUACCCAUAAAACCAGAUCACAAAGCAUCUUUCUAUGGUUUUAAUUUCAUUAGAGUAAACAUUUUUAAACUGAAGAGUAAUUGUCAAUGUGUAUCUAAUACUUGUAUAUACGAUGCAAACAGUAUUAAAAUAUAAUUUUAAGAAGUGAGGCGCAACAUCAUGUAAGGACGCUAAUUUUCUUAGAAAGCUGGAAAUUUGGGUGUGGAAUUUUCGAGUGUACGCAUAAUGCCGUCAUUUUGAAAUGAAUAUCUGGCGACGUUUUGUUCUAUAUACCUUGUCAUGUAAAUUGAUUUGCUGAGAGGAUGGGGGCGAUCUUUUGGGGACUUAAUGAACUGAGUAUAUUUCUGACGUACAGGAUCUCCCUUCAUGAAGGAAAUAUUCACAAAAAAUACCUCUGCUUGUCAUUUGGUGUUAUCGGGUAUAUCUGGUCAGUGUUCGUUUGUUAACCAUCAAAAGUUAAAUCACAAUGAUCUGAA